GCGUUCCUCACUUAGCUAUAGUUGUGUUUCUGUCCUUCUUGAGGCCGCGUGCCCGAUCGAUUACACACCAUCGAUUCAUCGGAUGUUACUCGCGCUUUUCUGAAUGAAAAGUAUGUUUGAACUGUGAGGAGUUUAUCGGCGGUGUCAGUGUUUCAAGUUCAGUUCUAGCGGCGUGUUUGUUUUAGUGUUUCAGUGAGGACUGUUGUUUUCAGUGCUUGUUCACUUGUUUCUCGCGGGAGGUAUCUCAGUGAUGAAUUGACAGAAUGCCCCUUACAGCACUAUCUCGGGAAACGCCGCCGGCGUCACCACCCUUACAGGCCGCAACGUUUGAGGAGGUUCUAGCAAAGGCUGAGCCCGGAGACACUAUUGCUACAACCAAAGAAGAAGAAUGGGUGACUCGUAAAACAAGUGAAGUCACAACGACCCGGCAGAUAGAGACGAGGGUGAAACGUGAAUUAAUAUUAGAAGACGGACGCAUCCUGAGUGAUUCUGGACCGAAGAUAUCUACGUCAGUCAACGAGGACACGCACACCACUAAUUUACAACAGACUGAACAUCGCGUUCCAGAAGGCCAAAAUGAUAAUUCCGCUUCAACAACAGAGAUUGAUGGAGCUAUUGGAGCACCCGCUGAUGAAGUGGACGGACUUCAAACGAUCGUCGGUGAAGUGUCACCUGCUGGAGCAAAAGUCCUGGUUUCGUCGAGCGUUGUUGCUAACCCUGAUGGCAAGGUCAGGGAGAGCCAUGACCUUCGCGUGCUCACGAGGAACAUAACCGAACGAGUGAAAGAGACGGAAGAGCGGAUACACAAAGGGGAUACAACACAUGAGGCACUGAUAGCAGCAGUCAAUGAAACUAAAGAAGAGGACAUCCGAGAUGCUCUGAAGUUGCAGACCGAGCAGCAAUUGGCUCUGGUGCCACGUGGUCCCAUACUCAUUAAGGAUACUGUGGCGUAUAAUACUACAAUCAACACUGAUGACACGAAAGAACUGCGUGCGUUGGGUCCUGAUGGGACGAUUGUGACACAAACAUUUCACACGAAAGAACAAGAAAGAGUCUGCGACGAGGAACUAUCCAAGAACGAGGUGAAGUCACUGGCGAGCGACGCGAGCCUGGUGGAAGAGGUAGGAGGUACAGAACGGCGCAAAAGGGUCGAGCUUGAGAAGAGUACCGACCUCAUGGCGGGAGGACUGCGAGUCUCUCAUACUGUACAUUCAAAAAAUCGCAUUGAAGAAGUUGAAAGAGAAGGGCAACCAAACAUGGAUGACGAUUGGGAUAGUUUGUCAGUGAGAUUGCGACGCCAGCGACGCCUUCGUCACAAUGACCACGACAAGGAUUACAAAAGGCCGGUUGAUUUCGACAUCGAGGAAGAGACCAGAAAAAAGGAAACCUCCAAAUGGCUUGAAAGUCAUUUCGGUAGUGACUCGCGAUCCUCGCACGAUUCCAUUGCCGAAGAGAUAGGUCGACCGCCAGAGCCGUUUUUUAAGAAAAAAACAAUUGAGGACGAGGGCUACUUUGGUAAAUCUUCGACCGGACCACCGCCGCCAGUUUAUGGAGAUCGUGUACUGAGAAAAACGAAAUCGUCGACGCCUUCGGACGAAAGGCCUCAGGCCAACAGGACUACGGGCUAUUUUAAAGGCGUCGCUGAUUGGUCACAAAGAAGAGCCACAAAGCCUAGAAUGCCAGAACCGCGCAGUUCGUCGCCAUCGCCGCCAACUGCUCGCUCGCCAUACGCUAGUAAUGAUCGCUUAAAUGGCUCAUCACCUCGGCACGUGUAUGGAAAACGCGAUUCGCCUCAGGGUCGGUCGUCGCCGAUCGGCCGCCGCCAUCCGCCUUCACGAGACGAUUCCGCCUACGUGUCGUCGUCAACUAUGCACAGUCCCCCACGUGGAUCACCAUUCCGGCCAUUAGAAACUGAUCGGUCAUUCCGAGAGCCGUCGGUGGAAGAGGAUUAUCGCCCGAUCGCCCCAGAGCGUAAGCGUCAACCAAAGCUGCGAGUAUCAGAAGAGCAUCGUUAUGACAGUGGUUACAGAAGUUCCUCCAGAAACGAGAAUUCUGGAAGGUCUCGUGACAGCCGUGAGGAAGGCGCGACUGAGCCUCCACCUGAUUAUUCGCCUCCGCGGGAGAGACGCGAGAGCUCGGAUAGGGACCGCACCCCGCCGCGGCGACGUGAUCGUGACGAGCGCAAACAAAAUCAGAAAACUCGCUUUGCCGACAGCGGGCGACGUCCGUCACCGGCAAGGAAGUCCGUCGGGUCCGCAAUUGGGAAUUCCAUCCGGAAGUUAGUUGGUAAAAUUCGCUCGGCUUCAGCAGAGCGGCGGGGUCGCUGGCGAAGCUCUCGGUCGCCGUCUCCGGAGCACUCGUCGCGGACGUACAAGCAGUACGGUGGCGAGCUGGCGCCCCCCACAGCGCCCCCACACCGCUACUAUCUCGGGGAGGACCCCUUCGCGCCCAGCAUCUACGGCCGCGAGCACAAGUACGAGGGCAGUUCGAAGCGCACCGCCGGACACGACGCCCGUGAACACCGAGACAGGGGGCAGUUUUCGAGUACGCUAGGUCGAUUCAGUCACUCGACUAGUCGAUUGAAUCCGAACAGCGAAACUGAAGAAGAUUACAAGCGCAGUGUUCAGACACUACCGCGGAAACUACACGACCGCAAGGAAAAAGCCACCGAGAAGCCGAGUUCAAACAAAUAUUGGCACCGACUCACACCAAAUAAACGUGCGGCAAGCGCUGCUAACAUCUCCAAUAACGCCAAUGCAACUUUAGACGUUAAAAUAAACGGUUACCCACCAGGACCUGCUAAGCCGGCGCGGACGUACAAAGCUUUGAAUAGAAGCAAGAGCUUUGCUAUGGGAGCACCCGAACAACAGACCCAUCCUCGUUACAUAUCGUCAAUGAACCGAAACUAUUCUACAAUGUACAAGUCUAAUCCCCACCUAAGCAAACUUGACGAAACACCAGAGCAAUUGAAGAGCCCAGGAAUCGUGUCUAUCAUAAAUCGUAGCCAACGAGACCUCGCUGAUGCUGUUUCCCGUGAAACUGAAAGGAGAAGGGAUGGUCUGUUUGGAGCCCGGUAUGGAAAAACUGUACCCCAUACUAAUGGACACACGAAUGGCUAUAGCAAGUCUUUUGAGGACACAGAUAAGAAGAAGAUAUUUUUAAAAGGAUUGAAAGAGCGUGCGCCAGAAUUGUAUCAAACAUUGCAUGCUGAUGAAGAAUCAGACGGCAGUAGACUCUCGUCACGAUAUGGAACUCCUUCGCCGCAUUACAAAGAGCGUCUCUCAGAAGAAAGAAUAACUAAAACACCUUUGUAUAAAACUGAAUCAUUGAAUAGGGAAACGAGCCCUUUCGUGUCGCGGCUGGAUUCAAGAAUGAAAUCUCCGGCCAUCAGACGAGGAAGCAACAGCAGCGAUAAUUACUCUGAAACAUAUAGAUACACUACAAGGUCCGGCGAUCCUGAAAGACCAAGUGUAACGGAUACAGUGGAGAUUGUUAGCAAGAAGGUCGUACCCUCAAGAGACGGACGUACAAAAGAAAUAAUUGAAUCGAGAGAAAUCAAUUCAGUAACAAAAAGUAGGGGCUUUAAACAAGAACCAUUGCCCAGUGUCAAACACGUAGAGAAUGGAAAACGAUCUAACUUUGGAUUUGAAAAACACGGACCGUAUACUGAACGAAAAUCUAGCACAUACAAAGUGUCCGAGAAAUUAAGAGAAUAUUGAAAGCCAUGAGAUGUGAAUAUAUAUGAAUCGGUGACGAAGGAUUUUUUGACAAUAAACAUAUAAAUCAUAAAUGCCAUAUUAUUCAAUUGUAUUGAAUCGAAGUCAAAGCAGACUGAAUCUUGGAAUCACAUUAGAUUUACAAUAUGUAGUGUUAAAUUUUAAUCUAAGUACAUUGUUUAACUAUUAAUUAUAAACGCUUUAUCAUGUAAAAAGACAUAAAGCUUUACUAAAAUUGUAAUAUACGUAUUAAUCGUUCAAUUCCGUCCUCUUAAAUGAAUCUGACAUUCGGGUAUUUUAAAAUUUAUUAAUUUUUUGUGAAUAUUAUAUUAUACAUUACAUGUAAUAGAAAUUUAU